CCCCCACGGAGCCACCACGUUCGUUUGGAUUCUGAGCCAUCCGAUGGAGCCUUCCAGCAGAUUUCGUCCGUUGAUCUUUUUUCACCAGGCCCAUAUAAAAUGAGCAGCCCACAGUGAAAACCUAGCAUCCUCCGAGACACCCGCGCUCCCUUCCCUUGUCGGCGCCUGCGCCUGCGCUCGCUGGCCACGGAAGGGCGGCGGCGGACUCGUCUCCUCCCUCCACCCCCAAUCAACUCUCGCGUCCCCUCCACCUCCCCUAUAGCAGGCGCAGCGGGAUGGCCAAGAAGCCCGCCGGAGACGCGGAGGCGGAAGAGCGGCGGCGCCUGCGCUCGCUGGCCGCGGAACAGCGGCGGCUGGCCGGCCCUGGAGUAGCACGCGAGGGAUCAGCGGUCGAAGCUCUGCCACCGAGCCCUCCUCCGCUAUCCUCGGUGACCCUUGGUCGUUGCCUCCAAGCUCUCCUAUUAGGCUACCAUGGCGGCCUACAGUGGCAGGAGAUGUCACGUCUGCAGGUGUCUAGGGCUGUAACAUGGACAAUAGAUGCAGUACUAAAUACAAUCAACGGCUAUCUUGUGUUGGAUUUCUUCUCAUCAGAGCUAUGAGGUCCAUUUUAUGGAUAUGUUCUCUGUGUGGCAGCACUUCAAGGCCUAAUAUGUAGCAUGCUACAUCAAUGCAUGGUAUGAGAGAACCGGGAUGCAAAUGCUACAUGCAGCUUCUGUACCAAGCUUGAAGAAAUUCAGAAAUUAAGGAAGCAUAAAAAAUUCAAGAUCUUUUACAUCAGAAUGUUGCUGCAUGUUUUGUAUAGAUUGGUAAUGCGCAGCAGCUGCAAGAGGUUACAAUUGUAGAUUACUCUGUUGGAAAUACGCGCCCUCAUGACCCCUUCAGCGUGGCAUUAUCACUCCAUGUCACCAUGUCGUAUGCACAGAGGUAGCCUUCUGGUAUGUGUCAUACUAUAUACAUUUUUGUGUGCCUGGUGAUUUCUGGAAUGGUACCAUAUACAUUGCUUGGUGAAGAUGCUCCCUUGGCUGAGGCUUUUGCUGCUAAGAGGUUGAGAUUUGUUACUGUGUUGAGCAUUGGAGCUGUUGCUGAUCUUACUACAACACUUCUUGUUGGUCUGUAUGUUCAGUUCCCGAAGUCCUCAUCUGCCAGAAGCACAACUAUCUGGUUGACUGGUCCUCUUUGCUUCUUCCACCCUUGCCGCCAGAGGACGCCACCCAUCAGCACAGAGCGUUUUGGCUCAGAGGCUAUUUUGAGCAGUGCUGCCAGAAGAUGCAGAUCAGGAAGGAAGCAGAGCAACCAGGCGCGAGUAAUGGUAUCAUCAGGGCUGCCUCAUAGGUGCUGCUUCAUCAGGCCAAUUCUUCCGCGCAAGACGCGGAGGCCUUCAUCGAGCUUCGCGGAAACCUUCGCAGCUUCCAUGGAGACUGUAAAGAUUCCAACAGAUGAGCUUCUGGAAGCCAUGCUAAAGAAGCUGGGUCUUCCAUGUCCCAGGUACGACAACAAGCACGCUGGCGGAGGAUGCUUUGAAGUAACCCUGACAUACUACCCUCCUUGGCAUUAUCUGCAAUCUUUGAUUCCUCCGCACUCAUUAUCUCUUUACUGUUUGUUAUUGUGAAACAAAGAUUGGAUGUGUGUCUAUUCUUUUAUGCUGCCUGCAUUUUUGGAAAACAAAUUUUAUGGUUUGAAAUAGAGGUCUGCGGGGUGGUUAUCGAGGAUGGCGAGUUCAUGUGCAAGUGGAUAUUUGUGUUGAGCGGGACCAGGAAGGCCAAGUGCAUCUUUGUUGCUGAGCACAUCAAGGAAUCUGUAUAUCAGUCAGCUAAUAUUCAGCCUCCAUAUACAUACCAGCGCUGCAUUAGCCUUCUGUGCAUUCAUCGUCGAACAGCAUACAAACAUUUAUCUUCUUUCCCCAGGAGAAAAAGGGCACCUUUCAGCGCUCUAGGUUUCUGUUGAAGGUGCUACAUCUGCUGCGGGGUGAUUACUUGUCAAAGAUGGCAACUACAUCGGUGGACCAAACUGCACAUUCUUUAGUUAUGGUGAAUGCAACUAUCUAACCAUUUCAAGGAUGUGUUAAAAGCAGGCUCAGUUUAUGCUAUAGAAUUCUUCAUGGAUAAAGGAGAUUAUGACCUAGCCAAAAAUAGCUUGCCACCGUUUUAUGAUACAUUAAUGCUAACUUUAAUAUACUCUUUUAUCCUAAUAUAAGACCUAGAUAUAAGAAAAUUAUUGGUGUCCUGCAUUUUUUAGUGUUUUAUAAAAUAAAAACUGAUGUGAAGUCAUGGGAUCGAUCA